GAGGUAACUCUCAUACUCGUAGGUUACCGCCAUGACGUUCUGAAACAGGUUCUGUAACUCGCUACUAUCAAUCACCGAAUAGAAGCCUGAUUGUGUAGUGUGUGGUGUCAAACUGAGGCAGUGGAGAUGGAGAAAGUAAAGAUCAAGCUGGAACCAGGAUUGACGGACACCGGUCAAGAUGCCAGCCAGUCAGGUGGGCCUUACGCCAUGAAGCUGGAGACUGAAGAAGGGGAGGUAAUUAUUGUUAAGCAGGAAGAAGAAGAUGACGAACUUGAUGACAUAAGCGAAUCUCGGACAAGCUCAUUAAACAAAUCUGGCUUUGGCGGAAGUCGGGUCAAAAUCAAGUCGGAAAAAGAUGCAGGAUCUUUACUCAGGUCCGCUUUGAUUGGACUGUGUGAUGAGGAUGAUGAUGCUGAGACUUCUGAAAAAUGUCACAGUUCCAAAGCUGUACCCCAAAAAUUCUCUCUCAAGGUUAAGAUUAAGGAGGAGAAAAUUGCAGAAGGUGACAGUAGACCUACAACAGUAAGUGCUGGAGAAAGCACUAACAAUGAUUCUGAACAGAUCCCUAUCAAGGUAGAGAAUUCAAGCAAUUCUGAUGAACCUGUUUCCAAUGCCUCUGAUAGGGUUGUCAGUAAAACUACGAAUGGAAAUGCGGAUGAGGAUCGUGAGAGGGCAAAGAACUUGGUGGUGUCUUCUGAUGCUGCUAAAGCUUUGUUCAAAGCUGCAGCAGAUAUUGGCACCAAAGCAAAGGCAGAGAAAUCAAGUACCAUCAAGAUAGUCUUCGAUGUGGCGGGGAAACUGAAAGAGUGGCGGGUUGAAUCCAAGUCGGCUGAAGGUGCCUUGCCAGCGUCAAAUCUUGGUAAAAUAUUAAUGUUUGCAAAUAUGAUGAAAAAUGGAGAGAGUUCGUCAGAGCAAGUGGCUAAAAGUGUGGAAGGGAAAAAAGAUCAGGUUGAGAAAGUGGGAAAAGAAGUUGUAAAACCAAAAGAAAAGGUAGUUGCGGGUAAAUCACAGCCUUCACUACCAAAAAACAGUGCACAGUCUGAGAGUGCUGAGCCCCCUGCAAAAAAGAUCCGAAUUUGUGAAGAUGGCACAUCAGGUAUUGUUGAUGCCGAUUUUGAAGGCUUCAAGUGCAAGAUGUGUGGCAAGGAGUAUCUCCACAAGCAUGCUCUGACAACUCACCUGAAGCUCCAUCACCUGUCCCUCAGUGGGCUGCCUGGUAGCAGUGCUGAUUAUUCAUCGCCCCAGGCUUCAGUAGUUAAAGUCAAACUCCCAGCUUCAGCCUUUGUUGCCACACCAUCACGAACAAAAUCAGCUAAGCCUGCAGCACCUUCGACGUCAUCAGCUAAAUCCCCAUCAUCUUCUACGUCAUCAACAUCUACAUCAACAUUUACUGCAUCAUCAAAGUCUACAUUUUCCUCAUCAGCAGCCACUCCACCAUCCUCCAGAACUCGUUCUUCCAGUGAGAAAAAUAUUAAGUAUGACACGACUUCUCCACCAAGACCUGUCACAAUGGUGUCUGCCUCAACAAUGUCAAAACUUGGCCCUGCAGUCCCCCAGUCCAAAACAAUUCAGAUCAAGCAGUUUGUUGCAGUGAACAAACCAGUCUUCACUGACAAACCAACAAAUGCUCUGACUCUAGUUCCUGCUCCAGAGAAGACUGGUCAGGCAUCUGAAGCUGCUUCUCAAACCAGUGUGAAGGUGGAAAGAUCAUCUUCCAAGUCCUCAUCUACUCUCAGUCCCCCCAACGAUGGACCCUACAGGUGCGACUUAUGCCAUGAGGAGUUUUCUCGCCAAGCUAGUUUACAGGGUCACGUAAAGUCCCACCACAAAGAGAAGCCUUUCAUGUGUGGAAUCUGUGACAACUCGUAUCUUCGGUACACAGAUUUGGAGUGCCACCUGCUCAACCACUCCGAUCCAAAUCCAAAGACCCAGGUGCUCUUCACUUGUAGCUUCUGUGAGGAAGAGUUUAAGGAUGACAAAGGUCUAAAAGAACAUCUCAAAACACAUGGCGACAUUGAGGCGGACACGGUGUUUGAAUGUGGAAUGUGUGGCGAAGAACUCAAAAGUCAAAUUGAACUCGGACACCACAUGAAAAGACAUAUGGGUGAUCCCUUUGAGCCGUGCAAGUGUGGCAUCUGUUUGUGUUCAUUUUCUAAAGUUGCUGAGCUGAAGGUUCACCUUGCAGAUAAGCAUUUCACUAAUGCCCAGUUUGUCUGCGACUUCUGUAAAUGCCGUUUCCUGACAGCGCAAGCACUGAAAGCUCACAUGCCUGUGCAUGACAAACUGAAAGAGGCAAAGAUCAAGAUCGUCCAUAGAUGGAAGUGUAGGCAGUGUGCAAAAAGAUAUGAAUACAAAGUAGAUCUGGUCAAUCACAUGAAAUAUGAACACAAAGAGAAAGCCUCAUUUGACUGUAGUUUCUGUGAGUCAUCCUUCAUAACAAAGGACGAUCUCCUAGCCCAUGUCAAAACACACAGUGUUGUGGCACAUUUCUUGUAGAUAUACGGGGGCACGGGUGGCCCAGUCAUCUAAGGUGCUGCGAUUUGCUGUGCAGAGUUGCGUCCCUUGGGCAUGCCAGUAACCUAUGAUUGUGGGUUCGAAUCCCGGUUCGCCCCGAUUAUG